AUUCAUUAGCCAGAACAAGCUAUUGAGGUUUACGAAGCUGCACUAAAACGCAAUCCUCGAGAUAGCACAUUAGCAAGCAAGAUUGGUCAGGCAUUAAUAAGAACUCAUAAUUAUAAUAAGGUAGUAAAAAAUAAUUUAUCAGUUAUUGCGAUAUAAUUAAGAUAUUAAUAAGAUAAUAAGAUGUAAUUUUAUUUACAGGCAAUUAACUAUUAUGAAGCUGCAGUAAAGUCAGGAAAUCAAGGAUUCCUCAGGUUAGUUUCCAAUCUACAUUCUGCUUUUAAUUCUAAUUGCCUCAGUAUAUAUGCAAUAUGAAGAGACUUAAGGUCCGUUUAUGCUGGAGUAAUACGAGCAAAAAAAUUGCUGCAACUUGCAACAAAAUCUGAUUUCUACGCAUGUUAAUUGAAAAUGUUUAUACACAUACAGUACAAAUCACGAGGCAACAUGUGUCGACAUUUCUACUUAACAUGCGUUGAAAUCAGAUUUUGUUGCAAGUUGCAGCAAUUUUGUUGCCCGUAUUACUCCACCUUUACAUGCACUUGCAUUUUUUGCUGCGAUUUCUAGUGCGAUUUUCUUCUUCUGAUGGAUGUGAACGAGUGCAUGAGCUUUGAAAGUUCAGAUGAAGGUACAUAUACUCAGAACAUUCAUAACUCAUCUAUUCGUUCACAUCCAUCAGAAGGAGAAAAUUGCAGCAAAAAAUUGCAAGUAUAAAAGAGCCUUUAUGAAGUUUAUAAAUUCUGCAAUUUUAGAUAAAUUUGGUGUACUUAAUGUUUGUUGUAAUACUGUAUGUUUGAUCUGUGACUAGAUAUGAUCUUGCUGAACUUUACAUGAAGAUGAAGAAUUACGAAAAAGCAGAGAAAGUAAUCAGAACUGCUCUGGAACAGCAAAAAGGUAACUGCGCGCAUUGUAUUUUUUUACUUAUGUAUUCACUUAUGCAUGUAAAGCGACGACUUUGGAGCUUACAACAGUAUUAUUAUAUACCAACUUAAUAAUAUUAUUAUUAUAUACCAACUUAAUAACAGUAUUAUUAUAUACCAACUUAAUAACAGUAUUAUUAUAUACCAACUUAAUAACAGUAUUAUUAUAUACCAACUUAAUAACAGUAUUAUUAUAUGCCAACUUAAUAACAGUAUUAUACAAUUACUUUAUGGUUUCCGUGUUUGGAUGGCCUGAUCCAAACACGCGGGAAUGUUGCGAGAGUUAAGAAAAGCGAGCGAAAUCACGAGCCGAAGGCGAGUGAUUUUGCCCGCUUUUCUUAACUCGAGCAACAUUCCCAAGUGUUUGGAUCAGUCCAUCCAAACACGGAAACCAUAAAGUAAUUGUUUUAUAAAAUAACAACAACACGGUAGUCUUCCGUGUUUGGAUGGCCUGAUCCAAACACGGCUUUCGACCAAUCAGAAUACGCGUUAUAUACAUGUUAUUUUAUAAUAUUAUAUACCAUCGGUCGAAGUUCAUGCUUUCUUUGCGUCUCAUUAUACGAGAGUGUAUCCCGGCAACAGCUUUGAGCGGUGGAGACCAUUAUAUACUUUUAUUCACCAGUGAAUAAUAAAAUCGUCGAGCUAUAGGCAACAUUUAUGGGAGUUUCCCGAAUCUUUUUGGUUUCUUUUGUUUUCUUUGACACUUGCAUGGUAUAUACAUACUAGUUUACCCACAGGGUAGUGAAUGCUGCCUUGGUAUAGCAUUGUUCCCAAAUCUUUAGUAUUUUAAAGAACAAGAAUGAGAAAUAUUUGUAAUGAAUUGGAAUCAUCCAUAAUUUAUACAUCAACAUUUUCAAAAACGGCCAAUUAGACCAGGGGUUAAUGUUUAUCAAAGAAGGCAGAAAUAUAUACAAGACAACCUCACAUGUGGAAUCUGUUCACUUACGCACUGGCUUGUGAUGCAGUACAAGUAUAAAUACAAAUGACAAAGCAUUUUUAAAUCCUAAAACAUAUAAUUGCGAAAGCGUAUAAUGGUAAAAGCACCGCGUAUAAUGCUAAAAGCACCCAGCCACUUUAAGCCAGCUAUGGCUUUCCAUAAAAGAAGACCAAAGAUGAAAGAUGAUCACAUUGCCUAUUUGCGUUAGGCCUGACCGCGCUGCACCACGGUCAAAAUCCACUGGUACCGUCAUGCAAUCCGCCAAGUAGAAAAUUUUGAUUUCGACCCACAAAACAAAAUUAGGAACUGCAGCCUUGCUCGCUCGCUUCAGGCUCGCUCGCUGCGGCAGCAAUUAGUAUAUGUAUCAUAUACGUACUGUACAUACACACGGAAAAUUCUUCUACCAAUUCACUCAUGGCCCAAGCUGUUAAAUAAGACCCAUUGAAAACACAAUUCAACACAACAUGAUUUUUGGGGAGAAGGGAUUCUGGGGUUGAAGGGAUUCUGCGCUGAUUUUGAACUGAAUGCCCUGUGUGGCAGAGCCUUGCCAGAGGAAGUGUAGCUAAGGAACCUGACCAAGGACCACUUGGGCAGUACCAAGGAGCCCAAAAUCCCUAUGGGUUUAUAUCUUUAACCUGACCAUAAACGUCACCAAAUGCGCGUAUGUUUUUAAUUACAGUAAACUAUUCCGUGCGUACCUAAACGCUUGACUGGACUCACUAGAGUAAAACAGUUAAAGUGUCAUGCAAUUGAUGAUUCGUGUUAUAAUAACGGCAGAUUAUUUAUCGUAGGAACAGAUGUUGCUUCAUUAAUGGAGGAAAGUAAACUGCUUGUUUUGCUUGCCAAAAUCCACCAAAAGACAAGUAAUACAGAAGAAUAUUUGAAAGUUUUAAUGAAUGCGAAAGAUGUCCAAAUAAGGUACGAUUGUAAAAAAAUCAUUAUUUUGUCAGUUUAAAUAAGUAUAGGUUAUUUUGAGGCAACGAGGGGAUAUGUAAUUUAUUCACCGAGGUGCGCAGCGCCGAGGUGAAUAAAUGACAUAUCCCCUCGUUGCCUCAAAAUAACCUAUACAUAUUUUCACAUUGCGAGGUCGCGUUAAUGAGUCAGAAUAGAAAUAAUUCUUAAUGCCAUAUUGCCUUCGUUAUGUUGUUUUUUUCUCAUUUUUUGUGUUGCAAAGACAUUGCAGGUGAAUAUUAGGGGGGAUUAUUAAACGGAAAUUGAUUAGAGGGGAAUAUUGAAUAUAUUCCCCGAUAAGAACAAAGGAAACCGAGCAUGGUGAAAAAUAACUUGGGUUGUAUGUGUUUUGACUUCAAGCCUAGUUCUCAUUCAUCGCAAACUGUCACCGACGAUCGGCGACGCUUAUCGCCGAUGCUCGCCGAGCGCGAAUGCACGAAAGUUCUCAUACAUCGGUGAUGAUCGUCGCAGAUGACAGCCGAUGUGUUUCGAAAUUUCCCACCAAGGCACAAAAUGGCCCCGUUCAACGUAAAGUUCAUGAUUUCUGUCAAACUUCAGUUGAUUAUUUCCUUGUUUGUUGAGGAAAAAACAACUUUUACUCAUUUCUCAUAGAUUUUUCAAGCAGGUGGCAGACGGCGAUGAUCGGCGAUGGUCGCAAGGAACAAACUUUUUUGUUUCCUGCGAUGUCAUCGCCGAUGGUCGGCGACGAUCACGGACAAUCGGCGAUAUAAUUUUUUAUGUGUUCUCAUAAAUAGCAAGCGGUCGCCGACGUCGCAAAGCUCCCAUCGCCGACGGUUUGCGAUGAAUGAGAACUAGGCUUAACGUCAACUCCAAAGAUCUGUCCGGUGAUCAGAAGGUUACGUGGUUCAAUCCCCGUUAGGGCUCAGAACUUUUCUGAGUAUAGGCUUGAUACGCAUCUACACCAAAUCAUAUAGUUAACAAGCUACCACAGCAACACACAUAAUAGAAAUGCAGUUCUUAAUAAAAACAUCAACAACAUGUAACACACAGAACUAGUAAAUAACGUAACCUUCGCUCACCAUCUGAGACCUUAUAGCUCAAUGGUUAGAGCGGCUGUCUUGUUGUCAGAAGGCGAUAUGGUUCAAUUCCCGUUAGGGCUCAGAACAUUUCUGAGUAUAGGCUUGAUACGCAUCUACACCAAAUCAAGAUAGUCAAGAUACCUUCUUGUAUCAUUAUUAGAGUAGAAGUCUUUAUUCAAAUAUAUUCAUUGUCUAGGGUGUUAAAGAGAGUUGGUCUUGAACAACCUGAUCAAGUUUCCUUACAAACGCUUCAGGCAGCGAAGUAUGUUAACUUCCUUUCGAUGUUUUAACUGAAGUGAAAUGUUGAAGUAUAUCAAUAUUAAUGGUUUUAGGUUGAUCUUGUUGGAAAAAGCUAAUAUUUAAAAUUAGCGCAGGAUAUUUUGCACUUACUUUUGGCACAACAUCUGUCUUCGUUUCAGUUUGUCAAGCCUAGCUUAUUUCUCGCUGACGCCCUCAAAUAAAUGCCUGCUAUACGCAGAAUAUAUCAAGCCAAGGUCUCCUAUAUGUAGCCUGACUUGCGACGUUGCUUGUUUCGUUCUUCAGGUAUUGCAGUUUGUUUGAUUUGUUUAUAUUGAAUAAAUUUAUAAUGCUAUGAGCAGAAUAAGAAAUUUUGAAAUCUUUAAGAAUUUGAAACAGAAAAAUCAUCAAUUUCAAAUCCAUUUUCGUUGUGAAAAUUAUUACUUUAGCACUAUACAUAACAUAUCAAACAAACUGCAAUGCCUCGAAAAGGAAGAUGGUGUAAAAUAAGUUGCAGUACAGCUUCAAGAGUUAUUUCUAGGAAAAUUUAAUUUGUGUAAUGUCAGACAUCAAAUGCGGAUGUCCUUUAAAAUUGAAUGACACUAAUAUAUUAUCUCAUAUUUGAUCAUUUUAGAAUCUGCUGUGACAUAGCAGAGGUAGCGACGAGCAAACGAGAAUAUGACCAAGCCAUUAGAUCAUACAAGGAAGCUUUGUCACACGAUAGUUCACAUGUAAAGGUACUGUACUUUUUUUCCUUCAUUACCAAAACUUCUUAUGAUUUUUUUUUAUUGCUGCGAUGGUGGAGCAACAUCACAACCACCCUCCCUGAAAAUCAACAUUGGAGCUUUUGAUCCCAGCUUGGGAUGGAUUAUGGCAGGGAUAGAUUUACUGGGGGAUGCAGGGGAUGCGCUCCCCUCCUAGCCUUGGCAAAGUAGUUGCAAGGGGGGGGGAUUUCCUUAUUAAAUCCAUUUUUUGCUUUGGAAAGGCAAUAAACUGUACUGUUUUAAUAUUGCACUCUUUCCGUUUUUGUUAACACGGACGUCACCUGAAAAUUGGUAUAACUAAUUUUUGCGGCAUUUUUCAUCAUAGGGCUCGUGUAAAGGGCUGGUCACACUACACAACGAUAACUUGUAUACGCGCUCUGAUUGGUCAAAAAAUUUAUCCUUAUUGUCCGACUGAAAAUCGCUUGGGUGAGCGAUUUUAAAAUCGUUAUCGUCAAACGAUAAUUUUAUUGUUCUCGUUGUAGUGUAUUACUUGUAUUCACCGGUGAAUAAUAAAAUCGUCGAGCUAUAAAGCAACAUUUAAAGCUGUUGAAUAAGACCCAUUGAAAACACAAUACAACACAAUUCAGUGAGCGAUUUUAAAAUCGUUAUCGUCAAACGAUAAUUUUAUUGUUUUCGUUGUCUGGACACCAACAUAACUUUUUGACCAAUCAUCGCGUGUUUACAAGUUACCGUAUCAUUAUCGUUGUUUAGUGUGACCUGGGCUUAAGGUGGCUCCCUACAGUUAUUCUUGUUUAAGCAAUAAUUCCGUAAAACAGGCUUAUUCGUGCAGAACGCGAAUUCUUUUCGACUUGGUGGCAAUAUUGGUCACCUAAGGAAUAUUUCGAACUAGAUUUCGACAACGUCAAUGUUCCCGUGGCAACAUGACGACAGCAUAAAGCCUUCCAAUUUAACCCAUAAAUGUGCCGCUAUCUCAAAAACGAUGUCGGUGACCUAUCUUUUUUAUUUCAUAUAUCAAUAGGGAAUGAUACUCUGCAACUGUGGUGAAAAUUCUGUAGUGUGUGAUUUUUUUAAAAGCGAAAAUUUUAUUGCGAAAUGGACCUUUCCCCUUAUAACUAAAAUUUCGAUCUAGACAAAGUUUUGUUGCAAAAUCUUGUAAAAUGCGGAUAAUAUGGCCUUGCGAAGUUUGCCGUUUUUCAGUCAUUUUGUAUUACGAACGGGAAAUUGACAUCCGAUUCGGGUGUUGGGGCUGCAAUUUCCCGUUUGUAAUGCAAAAUGACUGAAAAUUGCAAACUUCGCAAGGCUCUAUUUUCCUCAUUUUACAACAUUUCGCAACGAAACUUUGGAAUAUUACUAAUUUUGUGAUGCUCUUUCAAGCUGUGAUGAAAUAUUUGUCUAGACUUGCCUAGAUCAAAAUUUUGGUUAUAAGGGGAAAGGUCUAUUUCCACACUAAAGAUUUUUUUAAAAAUUGAAAUUUAUAAAAUUUACCGCAAAAUAAAUUCGUGGUCAAAAUUUGAAGAUAGGUCACCGAUGAAACUAAUGAGUAAAAUGCAAAUAAAGUUAGAAAAUAGCCUCGUGUAACUCGAGAAAUUCCCUUAUUGAAAAGCGUCGCUGACUAGUAAAAGAUUGUACGCGGGCGCAGAACGAGUUUUCAUUCAGCAAAAUCGAGCGGCAAUGUUGUUUUUACUGUUUUGUUUUUGUCAACUUUUCGAUUUAUUUGAGUGCCAUGGACAGCCAAGGAUUAUUGUGAACGAUCAAAUCGGUGAAAACAAGGUUGAAACUAAUUGAAUCCUGCCGUUUACUCAAUCUAUGAGCUGUAACAGCCUAUUAACAGGUGGACGUGUUUUUUUGUUUCAUGUUUGGUUUUGUACUUUUUCCUAAAAAUGAACAAUUAGGCUAUGAAACUGAAAUAUUUUUCUGUUUACAUAUAAUCACUUUAAUCUUGUAGAAACACGACUAAAAACGUGAACGUUUUCUUGAGAAGUAAACAACUUUUUAAACGUUUGUAUGCAAUUUCGCAAAUGUUUUACUGUUGACAGUGUAUAUUUUAAAAAAAUUAAAAAACAUUGUUUCCUAGCUAUUUUUUGGUCUAGUGAUAUUCGUAUCAUAUGUAGAAUUGCUGUAUAGACUCGCAAGUGAUUAGGCACUCAAAACGAAGUAUUAUUCAACGCUUUUUUCCAUUAGAAACCUUUCAGAAAUAGCUUUAUUUUUAAAAAAAGCGUGGUCAAUUUUUGUUUUGUUUUGAUCAUGCGGUUGCGUGGGAUAGUUCACGUAAUGGUCCCGCGAACAUCCCGCACGCAACUGUAGGGAGCCUCCUUUAAAAAUCUUAUAUUUUGUCAUAUGUGUUGAAGAAUACCACAAACUGAUACAAACACAGUUUUUGAUCCAGUACCACCUCGGCAAUCUGACAAAACACGUCGCUUGCUUAUGCUCGCUAAUGUCGAACUGAACUACAGUAUUUGUAAUGAUGACGAUAAUUGUUCUAAUUUUUUGCUUGGACGUAGGCAAUGUUAGCGCUCGCCAGAUUACAUUUAUUGGUUAACGACUUGGAUGCUUGUCAACAGCAAUGUUCACAGUUGUUGGAAAUGGAUAAAGACAAUGACUCGGCAUUUAUGGUAAAUUAUAGUAUUAAUUUCUGUGCAUAUUUCUGCAAUGUUUCCUCACCUGCAGUUCUUACUACCGUAAUUCUACUGUAUUUAAUUUAGGGCCCUUUGGAGGGGCUUUUUGGAGACAGGGUCUUCUUCUUUGGAGAUUGGAGCUUCUUCUUUGGAGACAGGGGUUCUUCUUUGGAGACAGGGGUUCUUCGUUGGAGACAGGGGUUCCUCUUUGGAGACAGGGGUUCUUCUUUGGAGACCGGGGCUUCUUCUUUGGAGACAGGGGUUCUUCUUUGGAGAUAGCCCUGGGCUUCUUCUUUGGAGACAGGGUCUUCUUUGGAGAUAGGGGCCUCUUCUUUGGAGAUAGCCCUGGGCUUCUUCUUUGGAGACAGGGUCUUCUUUGGAGAUAGGGGCUUCUUCUUUGGAGACAGGGGCUUCUUCUUUGGAGAUAGGGGCUUCUUCUUUGGAGACAGGGUCUUCUUUGGAGAUAGGAGCUUCUUCUUUGGAGACAGGGGCUUCUUCUUUGGAGAUAGGAGCUUCUUCUUUGGAGACAGGGUCUUCUUUGGAGAUAGGGGCUUCUUCUUUGGAGAUUAGAUAGGGGUUUCUUCUUUGCAGACAGGGUCUUCUUCUUUGGAGAUAGGAGCUUCUUCUUUGGAGACAGGGGCUUCUUCUUUGGAGACAGGGGCUUCUUCUUUGGAGAUAGGGGCUUCUUCUUUGGAGACAGGGGCUUCUUCUUUGGAGAUGGGGCUUCGUUUAAUUAACUGCGAUUUGUCUGGCCGAUUUCAGGUUUUGCCAAAUGUUAACGACGAAUCAUUUCAGAUUAUGAUGUCCUCAGAUUAUGAUGUCCUCAGAUUACUUUUACCUCGUGUUUUUUUUUUAAUUUUAUUGUACUGGAUAUUAAAUCGUCCGCCUGACAAAUCGUGGUGUGUAAACAUCGCAAACAUUGGUUAAGGCUUUCCCUUCAAUUUUGAUUAAUAAAUCAUAUAUUCAUCAAAUAUGUAGGCUCCAAUACUGAGGAACAGAAUUGAAAUAUCUGUAUUUAUGUUGCUUUGUCUUAUUCCAGAUGAUGGCUGAGUUAAUGUUUCGCAAGCAUGAUUAUGAGUCAGCUAUCUUCAACUUUCAACAACUGCUGGAAAGAAAGCCAGGUAGACUCACUGUCGUGGUGGUCAAUAAGCUUUAAUGAAUUGCUAUUUGCAUGCAUCUAAAAUCUUGAGGAGGUGAAAUGUUUAAAUUACUCACGAAUAAUAAAUUAUUUACCUCCGUUCACAGCAUUUAAAUUUUCCUAACUGUUGUAAGUCUGCAACAAGAACUAAAGUUAUGUAUACCUGAGGACGCUUGUACGGAAGCCAGAUAAUAUAGAGGUUCAGAUUUGACUACCACUACCUCUAACUGACCAGAUUAAACUGUAGUAUACAUAAUUAAAGUUUCCUUUUAUUAAUUGUGGGAUCCAUAUUCUUUAUUUUUAUAACUUUUUCGUUUAUAACGUUUUAUAACUUUUCAAACAUUUUUCCAACGGUUGGAAAAAUCACUGUCCGGUGGAUAGCUCCAUCCGGCCAUCUUACAACCGGCCUCAGUUGCAUAACCUUACCCUGGUUACGGAGGUUCUUACCACACGGCGGGGUGAAAGAGCUGGAACUUGGCUAGUAUUGAUAAACAAAUGUUAUGAAAAUUUAACAUUAAUAAUAAGUAAUAAAUGAAUUUUCUCUCUAUAUACGAGUUCAAUAGUUAGAAGUAUCUUUGUAUGGGAUUCUUCACAGUUGUGACCAAUUACUUUAUUUUCUGAAGACUUUCAUUUCGAAGAAGUCAUUUAUUUUGUUUAGACCAAUACGAAGCGUUGGGACGACUUCUUGAUCUGCUAAGACGAGCUGGAAAACUGGAGGAAUGUGACAAGUUCAUACAACAAGUAAGUACGCUUAGGAGGUGGCGCAAUUGUCAGAGCAGGCGCCUUUCACCCCUGAGAUCGUGGAUUCGAUUCUCGCUGCGGACAUGUGAAGCUCAUGUGAAAAGAGUAGGGCAAUUAGCCUUUCUCACGAAGGCCAAAAUCCGCCAGUUUGGGGUACUGUCUGCCCUCGUGAAAGAUUCUAGACAGUUCAAACAACGUGAAAAGCGACUUUUAAAUGUUGUAACUGUAAUACUAUAAUACUAAAACGUCGCACAACUAUAAUACUAAAAAGUCGCACAACUAUAAUACUAAAACGUCGCACAACUAUAAUACUAAAAAGUCGCACAACUAUAAACUAAAACGUCGCACAACUAUAAUACUAAAAAGUCGCAUUUCAUGGUGCGGAGACUCUCGAACGUGGGAGAGGCCGUGAAAAUCGGCCGUGAGAAAGGCUAAUUCUUUACCGAAAGUCGUGGCCCCUCACUGGAAAAAAAAGUAAAAUCCAUACUACGAAAUUUGCAAUUGCACCACUAAAUCCAUAGUAUGUCCAUACUAUUUCCUUACUAUAUCCAUACUAUGGAAAUAUACAAUUAUUAUGGAUAACCAAAAUCCAUUCUAUUUCCAAUAAAGGUCCAUACAAUUUCCAUUCUAUGACCUUCUAUGGAUUUUCAAAAUUUUUUCCAGUGCUUUCUCAUCCUUCCGGUUCAGCUUUUAGCUUUGGCGUAUAACGCAAACUUCGGUUUUGAUCAUUCGCGGCUGUAUGCAUGCUUUUAAAACCUCAUCCAAUAAUUAUUUACUAGAAAUACAUGCAUGCAUCAACCCCUCGCCUCUUCACUCUAUAAGUUUGAAUUUAAGGUAAAAUCUUGGCGGUUGGCUAAUUCCACUCCUGGCAGUUCGCCAUAUUUUGAGAUCAGCGAGAUGACCACCCACUACCCCACUUUUGAAACCGCUAGCAACCUUCCUUUUCCCUGGUGUAAAUAGCCGUGCGGAAUUAGUACCUUCGCCACAGGCUUACGCGCUCCGUUGGCUCGGGGAUUAAAGUUCGAGUCUACUAUUGUAACGUUUUUGUUCUUUUAGGCAGAGAAAUCUCCUCGAACAGGCAGAGAUGCCGGGUUAAAUUACUGCAAGGGAAUGAAUGAAUGGUAAAUAUGGAUAAUCGUAUAUUAAUUAUACUAUAUGAGAAUAAAACAUAUGGACACUCGUAUGUCACUAAUUCAAAGAUACAUGAUUUCACCCUCGCCUGUCAGGGCCGCUGAGAGGUUCCCGGGGAACCGGGGGAAAACCUCCCAGGGUACCCUUUUACGUCAUAAAAUUUCCCAAGUGCCCCUAUGACGUGACAAUUGUUAAACGAGAAAAGCGGUUUUUUAUAAUAUAUUACGCAUUAUUGAAUACUAUCCGGCACAAAGGAUUUAUAUUCUCGGAUAAGCAAUCUUGUAUCAAGAAAUUUUAAGGGCCUUCAUCGCUCUGGGGGUAGGACCUUUUGAGCUGGGGCACAGGAAAAAAUGACCCCCCCCCCCCUCUCGGCGGUCCUGCUGCCUGUUUCAACGCGUUGGUGUGUUUUCCUCCAGGUAUUAAAAUACUUGGUAUAAAAUAAUUCGUUGACCGCUUUCUUGUCUGAUAUUCAAUGUUUUACAAAACUGUAAUCGCCAGUAAUGCUGCACCUUAUAUAUGCUGAUGUGAUUUUUUGUUCCAGGUCUAAAAAUAAUCCAACUCAAGCUUUAAAAUUUUUCAACUUGGCAAGAAAAGAUGCUGAAUGGUUUGUACAUGUUCAUAGAAGAUUUUUUGUGUACUUUCAUUCGCUUCCGUGCAUAGAAAUGCAAUUAGAAUUUCAGGAUUAUUUGCUGCCCUAUUUGACGAAAUGUAUUUAUUGCAAACUUUUGGUAAUUCGUAGAGUAACUCAUAUUUUCAUCGCUUUUCUCUGACUAUCCACAAAAUUAAUAUGUUAAAACAUGAUUGUUGUGUCUUAAUAAUAGGUUCCUGACUUCCUCGACCACUGCACAUCAAUGAUCAUGCCAAUCAUGCACUCGCAUUAACAAAUUAUAUUUACAAACGUGUAACCCUAGUUUGCAAUCUUCUACCUACCUAUACUAUAUAAUAAACAAAUUAUGUACUUCAAUAAACGCUAAACACACUAAAACACGCUAAACUGUGUUCUUUAGGGGUGAAAAGGCUACAUAUAAUAUGAUUGAAAUAUGUUUGAAUCCGGACAACGAAACACUUGGUAAGCGAUUUAAUUCAGUAUGUUAAGUGUAAAGUUGACUCACAUAAAUUUCCUCUAUAACGUAUCUACUGUACAAAGCACAUUUACACAGCAGCUCCACAUCCCUGUCGAGCACCAUCCAGGGAAAGUCGUGCAGCAUCGAUCAACAUGAUCGAAAUUCUUACAAUUUAUUCAGUUUGUUUAAAUAUUUCAUCCAAAGUCAAGAUGAGUUUCGUUGAUAAAAAGGAAACCAAUACUUUUUCAAUACUUUUUCAAUACUUUUAGGUGGAGAAACAUUUGAAGGAAUGGAUUCUGACUUGGGGUAAGAAUUUAGAGCUAUUUUGUGUUAUAUUUAUCCGAAAGGAGCGUUGUUUUCUCAAGUGUUAAGGUUGAAAUUCCUUCCUGUCUUGCCAUCCUUCCCAGGCUAUUUCUAAUUGGCUAUGUGCAUGUUCUUGAGGCUGCUCAUACGCUUCGCAAGCCAGGGCGAAAUUGCGAGAUGCCUGCCGAGGGGGCUAUAUUUAUUACUGCCUCAAUUACUGGUUCCAAUAAGAGCAAUGAUGAUGGAUUGUAAAUUUUAUUAUUUCUUUUCUUUCGUUUUGUAGAAACCAAGCAGAAAAAACGGACUCUCAACUUGCAGCUGUUAAAACUGCUGAAAAGCUUCUGAAGGUAUUUAUAGACGUCACCUUCCUUUAUAACAUAUUCCUUGCAAUCCUCCCAUCAGAUAUCAAGCCAAAGACCGGGAACUGUAGGUUCAAAUGGCAUUCCAUCUGAUCAAGAAAAAUUAUCUAGACCUUCACGUCUUUAGAUUAAUAACCGUGCAUAUACUGUAUAGGCUGCUGUCGUGUAGUUUGUCGUGGCCUAAUGUUAACUUCAGCUAUUGCUUGGUAGGUUCAACUAAUAGAUUAAAUGGAUAGUAAGUAUGCAACUGAUACCAUUCAAUUUAAGAAACCUAUUACCUUUCAUGAAUUUAGGUCGUAUGUCCGGUCUGUAUAUUUAGAAUACGGCAAUAAACAACUUGUCUUCGGUGAGACCAUCGGCAUCGCAGGACCCACAUAAUUCAUAGCAAAAGAUGGUACUGAUUCAUCAUGCGCAUGGGACGUAAAAUAAUUUGGCUACUUUAAUAAGUUCCUUGCAGUUUUGCAUGGUGAAUAAUAAUAUCAGUUUUGGUUUGUGGAAACACCGCAUAGAUUUACACAAAUAAUAAAUUUACGUGCAUGGUGUUUCCACAAACCAAAACCGAAAAUUUCUACGUUCUUAAAGAUCACAUAUACGCACUGCCUAACGAGCUUGAUGUGCUUAACUCCGUGGCAUUGCGCAUGUCACUUGCAUCACUUCUGCUUUUCCAACCAUUCAGCUGCUACCUGCACUACACGGUAAGUUUUAGAAGAUGGAUUGUUUGUAACAUGUUAUUUAUUACUUUCAGGAAUUAAAGCCGACAGGAAACGGGUUAAAAUAUCGUAUUUUGGAGAACUACGCAUUCAUGGCGAAUAAAAAUAAAUCAAACAUUGAAAAAUCUCUAUCGCAUUUUAUGGAGAUUGCCACGGCUGAGGUAUGCUACGAUGGCUAGAUUUCUCAUUUUUUUAUAGCUUACUGUAUAACUAAAAACGAGAACGUUUUCCUUGAAGUUUUAUUUGCUCUUUUGGCAUGUAUAUGUCUAUAUGAUAAGAAAUAACAAGCUUUUCUGUACAAAUCUCUUUUAUUAAAACCAAGUAUGUUGGCGGAUCAACAGUUGACACCGUGGGAAGUUUUUUCUUGUUUGAGCUGGUCUGACAAGAGUUAUAUAGACUGGGAGCUCUUCGCAUGUUGAAAAACUGUCGUAGAUAUGAUCAAAUCAUCAAAAGAAAACUUGUCAAGGAUAACAUGAAAAAAAUCUUUCUUGCGGGGAGCAAUUCAAGAAUCCUUUUCCGGCUGAUAAUUUCAGCAAAAAUAAAACAAAAGUUAUUCCGAAUAAGGAGUGCAUAAUAUUAACACACAAUUUAUAAAAACUGUAUAUUUUGAAUCAAAUCUGAUCCAUCUUCAGCAGUGGUUUGCAAGAUAUGACGUUUUGAACGACAUGUCGUGCAAAGCAACUCAAGACGAGCAUCUUUGACUUGUUUACUCUUCUUUUCAGCGUGAUCACUUACCUUCUCUAUUGGGCAUGGCCACAGCCUAUAUGUAUAUGAAGCAAACACCACGAGCACGAAAUCAACUCAAACGUAUUGCUAAAAUGAAUUGGACCAUGGAGGUAUUUUAUAUGAACUGUCAGUCACUGCAGUAUAUACAGUACGUUCCUUCUCUAACGACCAUGUACCAUGUAGCCUUAGGCCUAUCUUCAUUCCAAUCGUAUCGAAAAGUAACGUACUUCUUUGUUUCGUGAGUACUAAAACUAAUGAUACACCUCUUGUCGAAAUCCUGAAGAUAGCAACUUUGUGCACAUAUAAACGAGACAGAUUCGCCGAGACCUCUAGGUUGUACAUCUCUUACUCUAUAAAAACAAAACAAGAAAUAACACGUAUAGCUGUGCAGCCUUUGUUUUGACAAAGUAUAAAACAUUUUUCUGAUGAUUUUCAUUACGUUUAGGAGGCAGACGAGUUUGAAAGAAGUUGGUUACUUUUGGCUGAUGUCUAUAUUCAGGUAGCUAUCAUCUACGAGUUAUUUCCUGCAUACCAGUCUAGUCCCAAUCUCUCUCUUCCUCCGUUGCUGCAGUGUUUUGCUGCUUACGUUCCUUUGCACGCUACCUUUAGCGUGACGUCAUAACAAGGUUUCAGUCCCAUCUAUGUUAUGCGCAAUAUGCAAGCUUUAGAAAGACAGGGCUUAAGUACUUGCAUGGACUCUGUUGAUAGUAUAUGCAUCUGUUCACGUAAGCUAUCUUCUGCGAUUAUACAUGCAGUCACUUUGGCGUUUGUUUUGUACAGUGUUAUAUGAAGUUAUCGGCAGGUAAUGGGAUUUUGGCAGAUUCAUCCUUUAACGCCAUAUUGCAUGCAGUUAUACGUGUUUCACUGAACUCAAGUUGAUUGUAAAUUAUCCUGUCAUCUAGAACGGAAAAUACGAUAUGGCUGGAGAUUUAUUAAAGAAAUGUCUGGAUCAUAAUAAGGUAACUCUUCUUUAAAAUAAGCCUGCAGGUUGCUUUGUUCAGGAUCGAAGUCUAUCUGAAUACGCCUAUACUGAGAAAACUCAUUUCUUCAAUUUCCCGAUAUUAUGUAUUCUUACACUAACCUCCUUAAGGUGGCUCCCUACGGUUUUUAAUUUACUACACUAUAGUAUUCAGGAGACUCCUGUUUCUUCACUUUACAUGACAUGAAGACAAAAUUUAUUGGACACAUUGACAAUGUUCUCCUGAACAUUACAAAUUGCAACUUUUGUGUUAAAAAUCUGUUGUCAUGGCAACAGCAUGCUUAGAAUAAAGUUCAAAAUUUGUUUUUUUCAGGUCAUUUUAAAAAUUCCCUUCGGUGAAAUUUUUUAAAACUUUGCAGAAAAGGUAAUACUUGUAUAAUGAUUUUCCCCCCUCAAUUUAAAAAAAUUAAAUCGAUACGUUUCUUAGAAAAUUUAAAAAACGUCAAAAAUCAAUUUUAAAAAUUUUCCCUUCGAUUUAAUUUUAAGAAAAAAGGAUAUUGCACUUGUUGUGCCGAUAUUAAAAAAUGUGCAAAGUUUUAAAAAAGUUCACCGAAGGAAAACGGAGAAAUCUGGGUUUAAUUUUGGCAAUUUUUACUAAAUUUUGACGCGAACAAUUUAAUACCACAACUGACGUGUACAUGCAUUUUGUAUAAAACAACAAGGCAUGACUUUUUUGAAAUCACAAAAUAUAAAUUAUGUUUGAUAUACUGUUUAUAACCGUGUCGGUUAAUGGUCAACUAAGCGUGGAUUAUACAUGUAAAAUUGGCAAAGAUAUUUAGGUAAUUACUGGUUAUGACUUCUUGGUAUUAAUUUGAAAAAUGUUUGUCAAAAUUCGUCCCGUGCGAGUACUAUCGUCGGAUGUUUUCGCAAAAUGCCCGUUCAAAUUUCAGUUUUUAUAGUGGUAUGUUUGGAGUUUCGGCCUUUCUCAUUUCUCCCGUAGAGGGCUCAUUAUUUAAGUCAUCUUUAUUGUCAUAAGUGCUGCUAGAUUGUGGAGAAAACACUGCAAAUUCUUGAGGAAACUUUAUAUCAUAUCCCAAUGUUCGCAAUCGAACCUCGCGUACGGCGCCACGGCGGUUGAAAAAACUUCCGGAAUACCGCUUCAAAAAAAAACAAGUUUACAUUAUCUUCUUUUGAAACAUCACAUCCAAGUAUCCUUGUGGCUUUUAGAACACUUUUUAUGCUUUAAACUGAAGCAAAAUUCACACUUUUAUUUCGAAAAGAGUUAAAACACAACGUUCGUUUGUAUUUUGAAGUCACACGAGUUUUAGUUUACAUAUAUACGAAGAACGUAACCCCCGGAAAUAAACGCUAGGGAGCCACCUUAAAUGGUUCAGUAUGUGUAAUAUUUGGGUCGUUCUAAAGCGAAAUGUACUAUAGUUUUGUGGGGAAACCUCUUCUUAACCUCCAUUGUCAAUAAUUAGUCAUUUCAUCACGUUACCACAAGAUAUCACAAUGUGAUGGAUUGCAGACGAUAACAACUUGUUGGGGCAACUUGUAACAAGUCUUGUGUGUCAAAAAAAUUGUGGUAAGUUGUCAACAAGCCGCUGACAACUUGUCAACAAGCUGGGCACAAACAGUGCGAAUACAUCCUGAUAAUAAGUUGUUGAAACAGCAUUGAUACAAGUCUGUUGCAGGUUUGUUACAAGUUGUACAUUUUUACUUGUGUAGUCUAGACGUGUAUUUCUUUGUUUCAGUCGUGUUGUAAAGCUUGGGAGUACCUGGGAUUUAUAAUGGAGAAAGAACAAGCGUAUCAAGAUGCUGCAAAAAAUUAUGAAAAUGCUUGGAAAUUUGGGAAUCAGAAUAAUCCUGGAAUUGGUAAGAUUUAUAUUACGCUUUGCAUGGGGAAACUAGAAAGCAUUUGCAGGGAUGUAGCGAAACAUGUGGACUGGGGGUGGUGUAUCUGAAAGUUGAACUUUAAAUUUAAAAAUUAACUGAAGUGUAAUAAUUGUAGUACACAUUUUUAUGAUUGAUUAUUAUUUUAAUAACUGAAUUGUCGCGUGAAAAAAAAACAGAAAAAAUAUUUCAUAUUUUUGAAGAACGACAUUUCCAGCGUUUUUAAAGCGACUCAAAUUGACUGUAUCUAAAUUAAAUAAAUUAAUACCCAAAUUCUGCCUGAAAAUGUGAAUAUUUUACCGUGAGUCUCCAGAUUUUUCUGAUCUUCCAAAAUUGGGGGCCUUACACCUCCAUACACACCAACCUCCAACCCAUCGGAUCCCGAUCGCUACGUCCUUGAACUCAGGAAAAAGUUUUUUUGUUGCCCGCGCCUUCGGGAAACAUGGCUAGAAAACAAUGUUUGCCAGUUUGCACAGAGCUAUACUCUUGGGCUCAUAUGUAUAAAUAUAUGCUUUACUUUUCUCACCGUAGGUUACAAGUUGGCUUUUAAUUAUUUGAAAGCGAAACGGUUUGUGGACGCGAUUGACGUUUGUCAUAAGGUAAGAAAAGUUUUGACGAAGAAUGUGAAGUUUUCCUUUACCCGCAGAAUAGACCUUAUGCAUAAUGACGUCACAAGACUUGAUGCCCGCGAGAAAUGCUGGUCUUAGUAGUCAUCGUCCAUUUUGAAUUGUUUAAUUUUCCCGGGCGAUGACUAUUAAGACCAGCAUUCCUAUCCAAACACUAAUCCUUACAUUGUUUUAAUCCAAACCAUUAUCCAAACACUUAUCCUUACAUUGUUGUGAUCCAAGCCUUUAUCCAAACACUAAUCCUUACAUUGUUUUAAUCCAAACCUUUAUCCAAAUACUAAUCCUUACAUUAUGUUAAUCCUAAUGGUAAAUCCAAAUCCUAGUCAUAAUCUUAAUUAAUCCCAUCACUGAUCCUAACCCCAAGUCUAUCGUAGUACUAACCUAAAACUGCGAACCAAAGUUAUUCAGAGAAAGUUAUUGUCUCUAUUUCAGGUUUUAUCUCAACAUCCCAAAUAUCCGAGAAUAAGAAAAGAGAUUCUUGAAAAGGCACGAUCAUCACUCCGAAUUUAAAACGUACUGCAUAGUGUAUAUGGUACUUGUCAGAGAAAUGUUUUGUAAAUAUGUAAAUAUACAGCAAACGUGUUGCAAAAAGCGAAAACCACUUGAUAUAAUUAAUAAAUAUUUAUUACCAUUCCAAAACAGUUUGUAGUUUGAAAAGAAAGAAAAUUUGUUAUUCACGUGGUGUCGUUUUCUAUGGGACACGUUGUACAUGUACACAAGUUACAGAAAUGUUCUUUUAUUUACGUCUUUAAUUAAUACAAUAUACAUACCUUGAU